AACAAAAGCCAAGGUUUGAUAAAAAAAUAAAAAUUAAAAGCCAAGGGGUUUAAACCUAAUCCGAAUUCCAAGGGUUUUAGAAACUGCCAACGGUAUCUUCUUCGUUAGCCUAAAACCCUAGCCAUUUGAAUGUAGUCUCUGAAAUCCCCAAUUCCAAUUCAAAUGCUUCUUCUUCUUCACCAGUAAAGGGGAAAGGGAAAAGGGUCAUGGCUGCACUGGCUCACGCCCUGAUCGGCGUUCCAUCCCGUUGUGGUCUUUGCCGCGCCGUUAAUCCCAAGGACAAUUACAAGCUCUGCGUUUGGGGGUUUUCCAGAGCAAUUGCUUGCUAUGGAGUCUCCAUUUCUAGUGUUUCCACGAGGAAGAAGGAUGGUGGUAAUCUCACCGGCCCUUGGGCACUGAAUGCAACUGACGCCCUCAUCGUCGUCCACAAUGCUACAGCUCGCACCACUGUCGAAAUCCCCGUUACCUGUUAUCAGCUUAUUGGUGUUCCUGAACAAGCUGAAAAAGAUGUGGUUGUUGAAGCAGUAAUUGAUUUGAAGAGUGCUAAAAUUGAUGAAGGUUACACCAUGGAUGCUAUUAAAUCUCGCAAGGACCUUCUAAUGAACGUGAGAGAGAAGCUUAUUUUUGAACCAGAAUAUGCUGGUAGUAAAAAGGAAAAUAUCCCACCUAAAUCCUCCCUUCGUAUCCCUUGGGCAUGGCUGCCAGCUGCUCUUUGCCUCCUUCAAGAGGUUGGGGAAGUAAAGCUUGUGCAAGACAUUGGUCAGGCAGCUGUUCAGCAUCCAGAUGCUAAGCCGUAUACUCACGAUCUUCUUCUUUCUAUGGCACUAGCUGAGUGUGCAACUGCAAAAAUUGGUUUUGAGAAGACCAAGGUGUCCCAAGGAUUUGAAGCUCUUGCUCGUGCUCAGUAUCUUCUAAGGAGUAAAAAAUCUCUUGAGAAAAUAUCAUUGUUAUCUCAGAUUGACAAAGCUAAAGCUGUAUGUGAGUGUCUGAUUGCAUCAAAAGGUUCUGAUCUGAAACUUGAGGAAGCUUUUUCUUUGUUCCUUCUUGGUCAGGGUAGUGAGGCUGCAAUUGUUGAGAAGCUUCAGAAGCUUGAUGUGGACAAAAAUAAGUUAAUACAAUCUCUAUGUAAACAAGGCAACCUCAAACAAGCCCUGCAGUUCCUUCCGCACGAGCCUAACCCCUCCCAACAGACCUAUGAGCUCUUACUACUCUCUUGCACUCACCAUAAGUCUCUCUCUGAUGGGCUUGACGUGCAUCGUCACAUUGUUGAUGGUGGGUGGGACCAAGACCCUUUCCUGGCCACCAAACUCAUAGAGAUGUACUCAGCAUUGGACUCUAUUGAUAAUGCACGUGAAGUGUUUGAUAAAACUCGUAAAAGAACUAUUUAUAUGUGGAAUGCACUCUUCAGAGCUCUUACAUUGGUGGGUCAUGGAACUGAGGUGCUAGAUUUGUAUCGACAAAUGAAUACAGUUGGGAUUUCGUCAGAUCGGUUUACAUAUACAUAUGUGCUCAAAGCUUGUGUUGUUUCUGAGGGUUUGAGUUCACUCCUACAGAAGGGGAAGGAGAUUCAUGGACAUAUUUUGAAGAACGGAUAUGGGGCACAUGUUCAUGUUAUGACCACUUUGUUGGAUAUGUAUGCGAGGUUUGGGUGUGUUUUUUAUGCUAGUAGUGUAUUUGAUCAGAUGCAGAUUAGAAAUGUGGUUUCAUGGAGUGCUAUGAUUGCAUGCUAUGCAAAGAAUGGGAGGCCUUAUGAAGCCUUGGAACUGUUUCGGGAAAUGAUACUUGAGGCCCAAGAUUUGUUUCCCAAUCCUGUCACAAUGGUUAGUGUGCUUCAAGCUUGUGCAGCUCUUACUGCGUUGGAGCAGGGGAGGUUCAUUCAUGGAUAUAUCCUCAGAAGAGGUCUUGAUUCAAUCCUUCCAGUUAUGAGUGCUCUUAUCACAAUGUAUGCGAGAUGCGGUAAGCUUGACUUGGGGGAACGAGUUUUCAGUUUGAUGAAUAAGAAGGAUGUUGUUUCGUGGAAUUCCUUGAUUUCUAGUUAUGGCAUUCAUGGAUACGGAAAAAAGGCAAUUCAAAUUUUUGAAGACAUGAUCAAUCAUGGAGUUUCACCAAGUCGCAUUUCAUUCGUUAGUGUCUUGGGGGCUUGUAGUCACGCAGGUCUUGUUGAAGAGGGGAAGAUAUUAUUUAAUUCUAUGGUUAAAGAACAUGGAUUAUAUCCCAGUGUUGAGCACUAUGCUUGUAUGGUGGAUCUUCUUGGUCGUGCCAAUCGGUUAGAUGAAGCAGCUAAAGUAAUAGAUAAUAUGCGGAUUGAGCCCGGAGCUAAAGUUUGGGGUGCUCUUCUUGGAUCAUGUAGAAUACAUUGUAACGUUGAGCUGGCAGAGAGAGCAAGCAGAAGGCUAUUUGAGCUUGAGCCUAGGAAUGCUGGGAACUACGUACUUCUAGCUGAUAUUUAUGCAGAAGCCAAGUUGUGGGAUGAUGUAAAAAGAGUGAAGAAGCAUUUAGAAGCUCGAGAACUCCAAAAGGUCCCAGGUCGGAGUUGGAUUGAAGUUAAAAGGAAGAUAUACUCAUUCAUAUCCGUUGAUGAGUUUAACCCACAGAUGGAGCAGCUCCAUGCAUUGUUGGCUGAACUGUCAGCAGAGAUGAAGGAUCAAGGAUAUAAGCCGCAAACCAAAGUUGUCCUCUAUGAUCUCGAUGAGGAAGAGAAGGAACGAAUAGUGUUAGGCCAUAGUGAAAAGUUAGCAGUUGCAUUUGGACUCAUAAAUACCAAAAGAGGGGACUAUAGGAUUUCCAAGAACUUAAGGUUAUGUGAAGAUUGUCACUCUGUUACGAAGUUCAUUUCCAAAUUCGCCAAUAGAGAGAUUCUGGUUCGAGAUGUGAAUCGGUUUCACCAUUUCCGUGACGGGGUUUGUUCAUGUGGAGAUUAUUGGUAGUUGCGGGCAGAUAUUUUUUUCCUAAUAUCAAAAGGGGAGAAUUUUGAGGUUUAUAGAGAUCUUAAGGAUGUAUAGUGUAUACUAGGAAACACUUCUACACAUUCUUUCAAUAAACACUUUUUUCUGUUUUCUUAUUCAUGUCGGUUUGAAACUCUCUAGUUUGUAUUCUUAUUUGUACUCAACUGGAUUGGCAUUCAUAAAUUAAACACAAAUGCUACUCUUACCAUA